AUAUCUCUUACUUAUAAAUAAAAAAGAAUACCACUAAAUCAUACUAUUAAAUAAGAUGAUAUUCUUUCUUGUCUUUUCAAUUCAAUUAUCUUUACUUUAUUAAAGUCGGCCUCCAUUAUUGACUGAAGUUGUUUAGAAAGAAUCUUUGCUGAUAAGAAGGGUUAAUAAUGCUCUUGAACAUUAUGUUGACGCUCACAGGUGUAAAGUGGCGUCAAUUAUAAGGGGUCCUUUCUUCUUAUACCGCAUUUUCUUGAAUUAUUGUUAAGCCUUUCAUUCAUCUUAUUCGCUCUUCUUGUGUCCUUCCUUGGCUUUCUCCCAGUUCUCUGCUUUCUACUCUCUAAUCUCCCUUUGUCGCGCGAGUAUGGAUGUGGUCGAGGGUCUCAUCACUUAUCCGGUGGAGGGAAUACUGACGUCGGUCGCUUCACUUGCUGCUCAAGAAAUCGGUCUUUUCCGAGGAUUCAAAAAAGAGCUAACUGAGCUUCGUCAAUCGUUACCUGCGAUUCAACGGUUCUUAGGCUAUAUUUCCCACCGACCACGUCACGAUGCCGUCUUGGAGGACUGGGUGAAAAGACUGAAAGACGUAGCUCAUGAUGCCGAUGAUGUCUUGGAGGACAUCAACUAUGAAGUUCUCCGGCGUAAAGCAGAACUGCAAAACCACAUCCAGAAGAAGGUACUUAACUUCCUUUCGCUCUCCAAUCCCAUUUUAUUUCGUCAAAAGAUGGCACACAAGAUUAAGAACAUCAAUGCGUCCCUGGCUACUCUCAAGAGUGAGACAGCUUUCGUUGAAUUCGUUGCAAGCACAGUAGAUCAAACCCCUCCUCCAAUUAUGAGGGACAGAGAAACCGUCUCAAGCUUCCGUCAGGAUGAGAAGAUCAUUGGAAGGGAGAAGACUGUGUCGGAUAUCAUUGCGACCUUGAUCGAGUCCAAGAAUCAGGAAAAGAACCUCUCAGUUAAGGCCAUUGUGGGCAUGGGAGGACUCGGAAAGACGACUUUGGCAAAAUCAAUAUUCAACGAUGGUGCUAUUGGUGGACAUUUCCAGGAAAAAAUGUGGGUGUGUGUAUCCGACUCUUUUGACGUUAAUUCGAUUCUAAGUAAGAUGCUUGAAUUGCUCCACCCAGAAAUCACUGGACUUAAAGGUCGGGAAGCAUUGCAGAAUAACCUCAAAGAAAGGUUGCAAGGGAAGAGAUAUAUGCUGAUACUCGAUGAUGUUUGGAACGAAGCUGAGGAUUUAUGGAAGAGUUUUACGGAUUGUUUGUGGAGACUCAAUUCUGCUCCCGGAAGCAUUACCAUUGUUACUACCCGCAGUGAAAAGGUUGCAUCAAUCACGGGGACAAUGCCGAAGUGUGAUUUGGAGCUCCUGUCAAAGGAGGAUUGCUGGUCCAUAUUAAAGGGUGAAGCAUUACCAAAUGGUAAUGGUCGUUCUCUAGAUUCAGAUCAAGAGGGCAUUGGAAGGGCGAUAGCUGAAAAGUGUGCCGGUGUACCAUUGGUGGCAAAGGUUUUAGGAAGCCUAAUGCGUUCUGAAAAUAGUAGGCGUGAAUGGUCGUCAAUUCUAGAAAGUAAAAUAUGGGAAUUACCAAAUGAAGAUCAGAAAAUCAUGUCGGUCUUGAAGUUGAGUUUUGAUAAUUUAACACCGUCAUCAUUGAAGCAAUGUUUUGCAUAUUGCUCAAUGUUUGUGAAAGAUUUUGAAAUUAAAAAAGAUGACUUGGUCCAGCUCUGGAUGGCUCAAGGAUAUCUCCAUUCUUCUCCCAACAUAAGUAUGGAGGAUAUAGGUAAUGAAUAUUUUAAUAUUCUAUUGCAAAACUCUUUAUUUCAAGAUGCUAGAGAAGAGUACGGCAUUACCAUUUGCAAGAUGCACGAUCUGGUGCAUGAUCUUGCAAAAAAAGCAUUCAAAUCUGAAAGCUUGACGCGAGACUUGGAUCAGAUGGAUGAUGAUGAAAUUGAGAUUCAACAUGUUGCGCAUAUUUCUUCCACUACAAUUGAAAGAAUUCCAAAAGGGAGUGUUGAGAGAUUGCGGUCGUUGUUUGUUGAUUGCAGGGUCCCUAGUAACACCUUUCAAAGGUUCAAAGAUUUACGGACGUUGAAUUUAUUCGGUGCCGGAAUUGAGGAGUUGCCCAUCUCAAUUGGAAAGUUGAAACGCUUGAGGUAUCUUAACAUUUCCCGGACAGGAAUAGAAGAACUCCCCAAAUCUAUUGGCAAGCUCUAUAAUCUUGAGACAUUAAGAAUGUCAGAUAUAGAUAUUAAAACGUUUCCUAGGGAAAUGGAAAAUUUGAUCAACUUGAGACAUGUUUAUUUCUACGAGGAUGUGGAAGUUCCAUUUGGGAUGACAAGAUUGACUCAUCUUCAAACGCUACCUUCUUUUAAAUUGGAUAGAGCAAGGCGUCAUAGACUUGAUGAGCUAGGUGGGUUAAAUGAACUGAAAGGGGAACUAGUUAUUGGAUCAUUGGAAUUUGUGAGGGACAAGGAAGAAGCAAUGAAAUCAAAAUUAGUGGAAAAGGCAAACAUACGAAAAUUGAUAUUAAAAUGGGGGGAAGAAAGAAAUGGCAAUUUUCUUGACGAUGAUAUUCUUGAAGGACUCCAACCGCACCCCAACUUAGAAAGCUUGACGAUUGAGGAAUUCAAGGGUACUAAAUUUGCAUCGUGGAUGAUGAGAAAUUGUCGAGAAACCAAUCUCCGUUAUUUGAGAACUAGGAGCUGUCAGCAAUUGUUGAGCUUGUGUUGUGGGUUAGAAUAUUGCCCCUCACUUGAGACGGUGGAAAUUGAGGAUUGCGGCAAUCUAGAAUCCUUCCAAAUUUCACCAUCCCAAUCUCUUCAGGUGUUGAGGAUAGAAGAUUGCCCAAAGCUAAGAUGCACUUCAAUUCAGAGUCUGCCCUCACUCCGUGAUUUGGUUAUUAAGAGGUGCACUACUCUCGAGGGGGACUUGUCUUUAAACGGUUGCACAUCCCUCCGUGAAUUGACAAUUGAGGAAUGCGAUGGAUUCACAAGUAUACUGAGUGGGCUCCAUUCUUGUACUAGUCUUCGCAAACUGGAUAUUGGUAUCUGUCGAAAUUUGAGGACUUUGUCGGGUCAUGGGCUACAAACCCCCGUCUCUCUUGAGUGUAUGCUAAUAAGCCAUUGCCCUAAUCUAGAGGCUAUUCCCAGUUUAGACAACCUCACGUCCCUCACUAAGUUGAUUAUUUGGGGAUGUCAUGGAUUAAUAAGUCUACCGAGUGGGCUUGCAUCCUGCACAUCUCUUACCCAUUUGACUGUCAGCAAUUGCCCUAAUCUAGAGGCUAUUCCCAGAGGCUCCAAUUUGAUAUCUCUGGCGGAUCACAAUGUCUCCAGCUUACAAUCUCUUUCCUCUUUAGAUUUAUCUAAUUGUGGGAAAUUACAAUAUUUGCCCAAGGGGCUGCACUCUCUAUCUCGUUUGGAAAAGAUGGAGAUCGGUCCAUUCUACGAGGAGCUCGAUUCUUUCCCGGAUUUUCAGGUCCCAUCGAAACUGAAAGAAUUAACAUUGAACGGGUGGCCUAAGCUCAAGUCUCUGCCUCAGCAAAUUCAACACUCUGCUUCUCUAACAUAUUUGUCCAUUUAUGGUUUCGAUGGUCUGGAGGCUCUUCCAGAGUGGUUGGGCAACCUCACAUCUCUUGCUGAGUUGACAAUUCGUGAUUGUGGGAACCUGAUGUAUUUGCCCAAGGGGCUGCACUCUCUAUCUCGUUUGGAAAAGAUGGAGAUCGGUCCAUUCUACGAGGAGCUCGAUUCUUUCCCGGAUUUUCAGGUCCCAUCGAAACUGAAAGAAUUAACAUUGCACGGGUGGCCUAAGCUCAAGUCUCUGCCUCAGCAAAUUCAACACUCUGCUUCUCUAACUAUGUUGGAAAUUUGGAAAUUCGAUGGUCUGGAGGCUCUUCCAGAGUGGUUGGGCAACCUCACUUCUCUUACUAAGUUGGAAAUUUGGAAAUGUAAGAACCUGAUGUAUCUGCCUACGGUCGAAGCUAUGCAACGCCUAACCAAAUUACAUAAGCUAGAGAUCCGACGGUGUCCCCAACUGGGAGAAAGAUGCGCCAAGGACAGCGGCCCAGAAUGGCCAAAGAUUUCUCACAUUCCAGAUAAGAGUGUUUGGUGAUGAUUCAAAAGGCUCUUACCAGAGUGAUGACGGAACCUGUCAUGAAUCGACCAUCUAUCUAUUCACCGUUGUGGGAAUCUCAAGUAUCUAUCGGCACUGGGGAAGCCAAUCCAAAUUUUACUGUUGCGUAAAAUUUCUGGCAUUUCCCAGAGUCAAGUAUAUACUUUUGUACAAGGUUGUGUUUCUUCUCACUGUGUGCACGUCCUCUCAACUUACACAGUUUUAUUAGACCAAUUUUAUGGAAGCUCACUUAAGAAGGGAUUCCAGUAAGAGAAUUGUAGGAAAGGACAAAUAGCUGAUUUCAGUCUGUCCAUGGUUUUUUUUCCAGUGAUAAUGAGACUUGUGUGGUGAAUUGGUCAUGGGCAGAGCGGGUUUUCUUGAUCGAGAGUACUAUAGUUAUCAAGGGUUGAAUGAAAAAAUUGAAUGAAAAAAUUGCAUUAAGAGAGGAGGCAAUCCCAGCACAAGGAAAACUUGGACAUGAAAAUAGCAGAUUUCAGUAUGUCCAUGGUUUUUACCAGUGAUAAUGGGAUUCGUGUGGUGACAUCAGUCAUGGGCACAGCGGGUUAUCUUGAUCCAGACAUGGGUUUUGUGCUGUGCCAUGUCAACUAACACAACCUUUGGAAAUGGAGGUGCCUAGGCAUCCAGAAAGAACUCUAGGCUCAAAUGAAUAAACUCGUGUUACGAUUUCACCAUACCAUAGUUCACCUAGAGUGAUUUCCAGAUGUUCAGAUUCCACAAAUGCAGGUUCCAUGACUGCACCAUGCUAGGUAGCUACAAACUCUCAUUCAUCCCAUGUUCAAAACUUGGUGGGUUAAAAAUGGGGGUGGGUUAAAAAUGGGUGUGGGAUCUGUAGUGCAGUGAAUCAGUGUAAGCUACAUGCUAGUAUGUAUCUAUUUUGUCCUCAACUUAAUCACUUUUGUCCAAUACUUGGGGUUGUGUCACAGCACAUAACCCUGUUAGAAAUGCUUUGACUAGAAAAUACGUUGGCUUGACCAAAUUGCUCUAGUAUGAACAUUGCAUUAUCCAUUGAUUGACGUACACUAAGCAUCCCCAUGUAAUAAGGAUCAUUGUGCAGCAUGAGGUUACAAAUCCACACUCAUAUACGUUUUUCUGUUUUUUUGGUCGGGACAUUGUCACGCGUUUUAAAUACCUGGUAGUUCAUAGGCUGCAAUGAGACAGAGAGAUGAUCUCAACUGGUUUCCUCGUCCUACUGCUCUGUGCAAGUUUUGUUCAUGGAGAGUGCCCAAUAGAUUCAAGCAAGCUCAAGAAGAAUAUUGUUGUUCCAAUACUUGGAUCAUUACCAUCAACAAUGGCACUGGAUGAUUCAGAAGGGUCUUACCAGAGUGAUGACGGAACCUUUCAUGUGUCGACGAUCGAUCUACUCACUGUUGUGGGAACCUGAAGUAUCUGUCGACAGUAGGAAAGCCAGUCCAAAUUUUACUGUUGUGUUCUAAAUUAAAAGAAGCAAUCUGCUCGACUGGCCCAAGUUUUCUCGCAUUUCUGACAGUCAAGUAUACAUUUUUAUGAGACCAAUUUUGUGUAAGCUACACUUAAGAAGGGAAUCCAAUAGGAGAAUUGCAUUAAGAGAGGAGAGCAAGCAUAGUACAACGAAAACUUGGACUUGAAAAUAGCAGGUUUCGGUCUAUCCGUGGUUUUUUCCAGUGAUAAUGGGACUUGUGUAGUGACAUCGGUCAUGGGCAGAGCGGGUUAUCUUGAUCACGAGUACUAUAAUUAUCAAAGGUUGAAUUGUAGAGUUUUACUGGCCAACCUGCAAGGCUGCAAUCAUAGAAAGUGAUGAUCUUGUCCACAUCGUGGAGUGGGUGAAUCCUGAGUUCCAGAAUGGUGAUUUAACAACUAAUUUGGAUCGAAGGAUUCAAGGAGAGUUCGAUGUGAAUUCGGUCGGGAAAUCAAUAAAGACACCAAUGGCAUGCACAACUUCCACCUCCCAACUUAGAGCCACCAUGGUUGGUUUUGUGCUGUGCCAACUAACAAAAUGUAUGGAAUGGAGGUGUCUAAGCAUCGAGAAAGAACUCCAGGCUCAAAUGAAGAAACUCUUGUUAUGAUCUCACCAUACCAGAGUUCACCUAGAGUGAUUUCCAGAUGUUCAGAUUCCACAAAUGCAGUUUCCAUGACAGCAGCAUGCUAGGACAUUGUCACACAUUUUAAAUACCAGGUAGUUCACGGGCAGCAAUGAGACAGUGAGAUGAAGAUCUCAACUGGUUUCCUCGUCCUACUGCUCUGUGCAAGUUUCGUUCAUGGAGAGUGCUGAAUAGAUUCAAGCAAGUGCAAGAAGAACAUUGUUGUUCCAAUACUUGGAUCAUUACUUUCAACAAUGGCCCUCCUUCAAGUUAUAGUGCUCUUACUGGUCUGGAAGCUGAGAAGAAUAAGAAAACCAGCUGCAGAUGGAGAAAAACAUAACAAAACACCUGUAGCACACCUGUAGCAUCAAUGAAAUGCCAGUGUACUUGUGACGAGGUUUUAGAAAUCACCGAAAACUUUCAAACUGAAAUUGGGAAAGGAGGAUUUGGGAUUGUAUACCAUGGCUACUUGGAAGAUGGCACUCAAGUUGCGGUUAAAAUACUUUCUCCAUCGUCAACUGAAGGAGCUAGGGAGUUCCAAACAGAGUUUUGACAGUUAGGAUUUUAAUUCCUUGGAAUUGCAAGUGCCUUGUCUCGUUGGUUAGAGAUUGAUGGGUUCCUUGUCGCUGCAGGUUGAGCUCCUGAUGAGAAUCCAUCAUAGAAACUUGGCCUCAUUUAUUGGAUACUGUGAUGAAACCGACUACUUGGUACUUAUAUUAUAUACGAGUACAUGCCUAAAGGAAACCUAAAAGAAUCUCUCUCAGAUAGAAGCUCACAUCUGACUUGGGAAAUGAGACUUCGGAUAACACUAGAUAUUGCGUUAGGACCGUUUACUUGCAUAAAGGUGCAAUCCACGUAUUGUGCGUAGAGAUGUAAAUACUGCCAACAUUCUCUUGAGUGAAAACUUGGACGCAAAAAUAGCAGAUUUCGGUCUGUCCAUGGCUUUUCCCAGUGACAGUGAGACUCGCGGUGACAUCAGCCAUGAGUACAGCGGGGUAUCUUGAUCUUGAGUACUAUAAUUAUCAAAGGUUGAAUGAAAAAAAUUGAUGUUUAGAGUUUUACUGGCCAACCUGCAAUCAUAGAAAAUGAUGAUCUUCUCUACAUAGUGGAGUUGGUGAAUCCUGAUUCCUGAGUUCCAGAACGGGGAUUUGAGAUCGAAGGAUUUGAGGAGAGUUUGACGUGAAUUCGUUCUGGAAACCAUUAGAGACAGCAAUUGCAUGCACGACUUCCACCUCUCAGCAGAGACUUUUGUGCUGUGCGUUAACAGAGUGUUUGGAAAUGGAGGUGUACAUCUAGGCAUCGAGAAAGAGCUCCAUGCUCAAAUGAAGAAGCUCGUGUUACGAGUUCACCAUACCAGAGUUCAUCUAGAGUAAUUUCCAGAUGUUCAUAUUCCACAAAUGCAGGUUCCAUGUAAGCAUCCUAUUUCUGCUGUUGCAGCCAAAAGAAGGGGAGGCAGUUGUCAUUUUGGUCAUCAACUUUCAAGAUAAUAGUGACCAAAGACUUAAUACCAAUCAUCUUUGUCACUACUCUUGAAUUAUCAUUCACAUUCGUCAUCCGUCAAUAAUGUUCGAACUUUUGACUAUCUAUACUUUGUGGUAUUUAUCUAUCGUAAACUCAUCCAACGGCUAUGAUUCUCAAAUAAAGAAUCAUAUUUUGUUAAUACAUAUUAUUCCUGAUGUGGGGUUUUCUUCAA